AUGAAGGACCUCGUCCUGGCGGGCAUUGUCGUCAACGCCACGUUCGGCCCCUUUGCAAAGCUGUGCGAGGGCGGGUUUGGGGCGCAGCCCACGCGGCCCGACCAGGCGCUGGUGGUGGUGGCCGACUGGACGGGCGCGGCGGACAUCGGGCAGCCCUGGCAGAGGGACGUCAAAGCGAGGGCCAGGGAGCUGAUCGAUGACGCGGGGUGGCGGCCCCUCUACACUGCACGCAUAGUGCGGACCAGCAGGGGCAGCGCCUUCGGCUGCCUCACGGCCGGCUGGGGGGAGCCCUGGAGGCUCUACGCCUCAAGCAGCGAGGAUUCCAGCGGCAUUGAGGACACAGUGCUGCUUGAGAGCUGGGAGGAGCCGCCGAAAGACAAGGUGGUCGCGGCGCUCAACGCGGCUGCGGAGCGGCGGCGGGAGCGCGAGGGCAGCAGCGGCUCGGGGUGGCGGCUGUGGUAG